AUGGUGUUAGAAUCGACUAUGAUUUGCGUUGAUGAUAGCGAGUGGAUGCGAAAUGGCGAUUUUUUACCCACUCGAAUUCAGGCCCAACAAGAUGCUGUCAAUCUUCUUUGUCAAGCUAAAACACGCCAAAAUGCAGAAAAUAAUGUGGGCUUACUCACGUUAGCCAGGUAUGUCAAUUUAUUAACAACGUUGACCACUGAUGUUGGCAAAAUUCUCAAGAACCUUCAUGCUGUCUCACCAAAAGGAAAAAUUGAUAUGGCCAUUGGUGCAAGUACUGCUAUUUUGGCCUUAAAGCAUCGAAUGAGCAAAAAUCAUAAAAUGAGACUCAUAAUAUUUAUUGGUAGCCCUAUUGAAACAGAAGAAAAAGAUUUAACGAAACUUGCCAAGAAAUUAAAAAAGAAUAAAGUCAGCGUCGAUGUCGUUAACUUUGGAGAAGACACUUCUAAUACAGAAAAACUAACAGCUUUUAUCAAUACUGUAAAUGAUAAACAAGGUUCAAGUCAUUUAGUUACUGUACCACCUGGACCACUACUUUCGGAUGCGUUAAUGUCCUCUCCUAUUAUGGCGAAUGAAGACGGCUCAAUGCCAAAUACCGUUAGCGGUUUCGGCGGCAAUGUUGAUUUUGUAGAUGCUGAUGUUGAUCCAGAAUUAGCUAUGGCUCUUCGCGUUUCUCUUGAAGAAUCGCGGCAAAGACAAGAAGAAGAAAGUAAGAAAGCAAAUUCUGUUGCGGCUCAGGAUGGCAGUGCAUUUACACCCAAUCCAAGUCAGUUACAGUGUAAAUUAUAUUCGUUGCUGUUAAUGUACAUUGAGGUCUCAAGUUUAACUGAAGAGGAACAAAUGGAACUUGCUAUGCAGAUGUCAUUACAAGACUUUAAAGAUAUACGAGAAGGCAAUGAUGGAAAUAAAGAAAUGGACGAGGAAAUGGAUGCUACGGAUUUAAUUUCCGAUCCAUCAGUGUUACAAACGGUAUUGGGUAGUUUAGAAGGAAUCGAUCCGAAUAGCGAUAUGGUAAGAAAUUUAAUGGGAUCUCUACAAGAAGAGGAAGAGGCUAUGGAUGUAGAUGAUGGUAAAAAGGAGAAUAAAGAUGCAAAAUGAAGUACCGUCAGCGUACAACGAUUAGGGUGCAUUUACUGUAUAUCUCUACCUGUAGUUGCGCUGUCAUUGCUUACCUAAGAUUGUUAAUACAGUGUUUGAAGUGACCGAAAUUAUUGCCAUUGGUUGCGCGAGUGUAGUCAAUUCAACUUUUUAUACCAACAUUAAGAUUACCGAGUAACCAUCGUUAUAGGUUGUAUACAAAAUAUUUAAUGACUGUGCUAUUCAUUGUCAUUACAUAUCUUUAUAUUGAUUUAAGUUCGAUAUAACGUUAUUGGAAGAAAUCGUUGAUAUUCACGUCUGUAUUUGAUAUGGUAUUACUGCCAUACAUAAUAAAAUCC